AGUGUUGUCGGCACAGCGGACGGAGCGGUCCAUUUUGUUAAAAUUUUGGUUUAUACAGGAUCAUUAAACACGCAGUUCUUCUAAAUAAAAACCUGUUGUUUUAACGUAAAGUUUUUUUGCAAACUUUCCAGUUUUGUUUUUUCUGUGCAAACUUUUUUGAAGGGACAGUGGGCAUCUGAUAGGCAUUUGUGUUGAGUCAAAUUAUGUCUGAAGACUUGGUAAAGCAGCUGAGUAGCUACAGAGCUCAACUUCAGCAGGUGGAAGCCGCACUUUCUACAGACCCAGAGAAUGAAGAUCUGCAAAAGUUACAGAAGGAUCUGCAGGAGGUGAUUGAGUUGACGAAAGACUUGUUGACGUCACAGCCAACAGAGGAAGUAGCAAAUGAGAGCAGUACAGAUACCCCUCUGCCCAAACAAUGUUGGAAAGUAGGAGAUAAUUGCAUGGCUGUGUGGAGCCAGGAUGGACAACUGUACGAGGCAGAGAUUGAAGAGAUCGACAGUGAGAAUGGCACGGCUGCCAUUACUUUUACAGGCUAUGGAAAUGCUGAGGUGGUUCCACUGCAUGCGCUGAAAGCACCAGAGCUUGGCAGUAUCAGCACAGAGGGAAGCAAACCCAAAUCCAAGAAGGAGCGUCAGGCAGAACAAAGGGAAUAUAAAAAGAAAAAGGCACAGAAGAAAGUGCAGAGAAUGAAGGAGCUGGAGCAGGACAGGGAGGAUCAAAAAUCCAAAUGGCAGCAGUUUAACAAUAAAGCUUACUCCAAGAACAAGAAGGGACAAGUAAAACGCAGUAUAUUUGCCUCACCAGAAAGUGUAAAUGGAAAAGUUGGUGUAGGUACAUGUGGAAUAGCAGAUAAACCUAUGACUCAGUAUAAUGACACCUCAAAAUAUAAUGUAAGACAUCUGAUGCCACAGUGAGGUUUUUUGUGUCUGUAAGCACCUGACCACUGAAGAAGAGCAGAUGCAGCAUUUAACCUCGGACUGGACACUGUUUGGAAUCUCCAGCAUAAUUUCUUUUUAAUUUGGGUAUCAAAUAAGCUGUUUGAGAAAUGCAAAUAGCUUAUCUGUAGACUGGAAAUAAUACGUUUAGUGCGGCGCUUACUUUGUUUUUUCAACUUUGGUUGUUUUGCAACCAAACCCUUCACCUUACUAAUAAUAAGUUAAAUUGGACAUUUGAUUUUUUUUUGCCACUUGUCCAAAGGGCUUUAUCUCUCGUUUGUGAUGAAGCAACUUGAAUGUAAAAUCAGAAGUCCAUUAAACAUGACUUACAUUUACUAAACAGUAAUUGUGAGACUGCUUAUAACAGCAGUUUUAAAUUUAAGUGUAACCCUAAAGAUCACAAUUACAUUAAGGUGAAAAAAUUGGAGGUGACGCUGAAUAGAUUUUUGAGCUCGUAAAAACGCAAUUUUGUUUUUUUAUUAUUUUAAAUUAUUGAUAUGCAAUAAAACAUUACAUGUUUUUGUGAGUCUUUUUGUAAACAUUGGAAACAUUUAAAGGGUCACCCAUCAAAGAUAAGAACCUAUAAGUCAGUAUAAAUGUGUGCUUUUUGUGUGUCAGGUUGAGUUGCCAAAAUAAUGUUUUUUCUUCAGUGUGCUGAUAUCUGCAGUCUGUUGUAUCAAUUUUACUUUAAGUUUUGUACAGUUUUACUUUAACAAAGAAUAAAGAUGUAUUUGUUGCUGUA